GCAUUCCUGGAGGAGGAAAUGGGAACCCACUCCAGUAUUCUUGUCAGGCAGUUGGAAAUCAAAUAGUUGUCAGGGGCUAUGCAGUAGACCUGUGGAAACAAGUCCAGCGGCACAAUCCCAUGGAAGAAUCAAUAAUCAGCAUUUUCAACAAGGUACCAAGAGCUCUUGCAAUGAUGUGGUCAGGCACAGGAAUUAAAGGAACAGACAGGCAUUGUGCGGCAGGGGACAGUGUUCAACUUCACUGA